GCUCUCUGACCAGUCCUCGGCUGCCUAUUUCUGCUUGCUCCCUUCGCCAUGUCCAAGGCCGCCGGAAGUGCGAGCGCACAGAUUGUGCGUAUUCUUAUUGGAGCCGGCAAGGCCGCCCCCACCCCUCCAGUAGGUCCUGCUCUGGGUGCUCGAGGUGUCAAGUCUAUGGAUUUUUGCAAGGAAUUCAAUGCCCGCACUGCGCAUAUCGAGCCUGGCGUCCCCAUCCCAACCCUCAUCACCGUUCAGCCCGAUCGCACUUUCACCUUCGUCACCAAGACGCCACCUGUAUCGUACUUUCUGAAAAAGGCAGCCAACAUAGAAAAGGGCACCGGCCGCGCCGGCCACGAUUUCGUCGGCACAGUGAGCCUCAAGCACGUGUACGAGAUCGCGAAAAUCAAAGCAACAGACGAACAUCUCAAGCAUCUUGGUCUCGAGGCGGUCGCGAGCACAAUCCUCCGCUCGGCGAGGUCGUUAGGCAUUCGAGUGGUGCCAUAAUGCAGACGGGAUCUGUCUUCACGUCUUUGCAAAAGGGAGGCGCCGCAGCUAGCGCUGGCCGCGUACCUGGUGAGAGGAUCAUCCGAAUGUUGUACAUACAGAUACUCGCGAUAGAUGGCAAGCGUAUAUCCACUUCCCGUUGAGUCCGCG